UAUUUGGAACAAGCUGCGCGCGCUCCCGCGUGCCUGCUCUCGCGCGGGCUGUCAGUGUCAAACAAGAUACCUAUACACCGCUUUUAACCGGACUCGUACAGCAAUAUCUUAAAAUAGGUGGUCUUCUCUUCACUGCGCCGUCGCUUUGUCUGUCCACCGGUCGGACUGCGCUUAGAGGGAGCGUCGCGUCUUAAAUAACCGACAUCAGUUGUUCUUAAUAUAGCGGAAUCCACGAGCAUGCGCAGGAAGCGGGGACGCGCGGAGAAGCUGGACUGUAGUGCACACGCACAAAUGGACGCUGGCACGCAGGUAAGAGACGGCAGGACGAUUGCCAUGAGGACUGUAUAAUGAACAUCGUAGACCCCGAUCUAAAUGCAGAAGUUUAUAUGGACUUCAUGAAGAAACACUGUUGUUAUGAUGCAAUUCCCACCAGCUGCAAACUAGUCAUUUUUGACACCACACUGCAGGUGAAGAAGGCCUUCUUUGCUUUGGUUGCGAAUGGCCUGAGAGCGGCACCUUUAUGGGACAACAAACUGCAGAGAUUUGUGGGUAUGCUGACAAUCACAGAUUUCAUCAAUAUUCUUCAUCGGUAUUACAAGUCACCCAUGGUUCAGAUCUAUGAAUUGGAGGAACACAAGAUUGAGACAUGGAGAGGUGAUUCAUUUCAAAACGUCUAUCUGCAAUAUCACGAUCAAUGUCUCAUCAGUAUCACACCGGAUGCGAGCCUCUUUGAUGCCGUCUACUCUUUACUGAAACACAAGAUCCACAGGCUGCCGGUCAUUGACCCAGAGUCUGGAAAUGUCCUUCACAUACUGACCCAUAAGAGAAUACUCAAGUUCCUUCAUAUAUUUGGAGCCUCGGUGCCCAAGCCACGCUUCUUGAAGAUGCAGAUUAAAGAUGCAGGAAUAGGAACUUUCACAGACGUGGCGACUGUCUCACAGAAGGCCACUGUGUACGAUGCACUUUCUGUGUUUGUUGAGCGACGUGUGUCCGCUCUCCCAGUGGUGGAUGACGAUGGCAAGGUGGUCGCCCUGUAUUCCAGAUUUGACGUGAUUAACCUUGCAGCGCAGAAAACCUACAAUAAUCUGAGCAUGAACAUGCAGGAGGCCGUGCGGAGGAGACGCUGUUAUGUGGAAGGAGUCAUUAAAUGUUACCCUGACGAGACUUUGGAAACUGUUAUUGACAGAAUAGUCAAGGCAGAGGUUCAUAGGCUGGUGCUUGUGGACCGAGAAGAUGUGGUUCGGGGAAUAAUCUCUCUCUCAGACCUGCUGCAGGCCAUAGUUUUAUCUCCAGCAGCCUCUCCUCCUGACCAAACCCCGUCAUCAACACACACAAACAACGCUGGACAAGUGAGAAUGGCGAGCAGACGGGCCUCAGUGUCCUCGGCCUCGGCGGGUCUGGAGGCCUGGUUCCCCGCGCCCGGCGGCGGCGAGGAUGAGCCGGAGCUGCGGCGCCUGCGGGAGCGUCUGCGCGGCUGGCUGGCGCAGUGUGAGCCCGCGGUACUCUGCGCUCAGCGGCUGCUGGUGUGGGAGAGGCCGCUGCACAGCAUCAUCGCCGCGCUGGCGCUCAACACGCUGUUCUGGCUCCUGUCAUCCACAUCUUUGAGACCCUUGUUCCUCCUGAGUGUGUCUCUCAUUGGACUGACUUUACUGGAGAGAUGGAAAGCCAAGCUGCCACAGAUCGCUGUGUGGCAUCCUGAGGCGUCUGUCUUUGAGCGAGAAGUGCUGACUGAUCAGCCACGCCUGUUAAGCGUCGAGGAGCUCAGCCAUCAUCUCGCCGAGAGUUACCUCACCUUCAGCCUUUACAUCCAAGAAAUGCUUCAGUACAAACGGCAAAACCACGGCAAGUUCUGCAUCAUGAUGUGUUCAGGAUGUUUCAUCAUGGCCAUGGUUGGACAUUACAUUCCUGGGAUAAUGAUCUCCUACAUCAUAUUGCUGAGUGUGCUGCUGUGGCCGCUGGUGGUUUACCAUGAGCUGAUCCAGAAAAUGUACACCGGACUGGAGCCCAUACUGAUGAAACUCGACUACAGCAUGAAAGGAGACACACAGCGCCGCAAAUAUGACAAGAGAAAGCUGAAGAAGGAGCAGGAAGAGGGUGAUGAGCCGAGAGCAGAGACAGAGAGCGAGAGCGAGGAGGAGCUGUCAUGUUUCGCCCCUACUGUGGAUGUGAAGACUACGGCUCUGGCGAUGGCCAUCACAGACUCUGAGCUGUCUGAUGAAGAGGCAUCUAUACUGGAGAGUGGAGGAUUCUCUGUGUCCAGAGCCACCACACCACAGCUCACAGACGUCUCUGAAGCAGACCUGGAUCAGCAGAGCGUGCACAGUGAACCGGAGGAGGCGUUCUCUAGAGACCUAGCAGAGUUCCCAUCGGUGGACGAGCUCCCUUCUAUUGAACCGGGUCUGUUCCAUUUCCCGCUGGGCGUUCUCGGGUCUGAGCAGCCCAGAGCGUCCAGAUCCGAGCUCCAGGAGGAGUCGCUGUCUCCAGCCAGCCUCCUCAUCCAGCACUUAGCAUCUCCGCUCCACUUUGUCAACACUCACUUCAACGGACACGGACAAGCGGCAGGGGCAGACCAAAGCAUUGUGGGUACUGAAAAAGAGGGAGGGGGAUUGGGCGCUGGUGUUUCGAGACCCGCUCGGUCCCUGGAAGCCCUCAGCGAGGAGAUAGUGAGCACGGCCAUCUCUACCGUAGUACAGAACACUCUCUCAGCCCUGUUGCGGUCUACCGAGGCCAGCGAGGGCUCGUCAAUGGCUUCGUUUCUUCCCACCGAAACGCCUCCUUGUCCGAUGGAAUCGCCCCUUGAGUCGCCGUCCACCCAGGAAGCCAGCGUAGAGGAAGAGGACGUCGACGUCACCGAAGCAAGCACCGAAGAGCAACCGGAUGUCACACUCGUACCUGCUGAGGAAGAGGACUUUGAGCUUCUGGACCAAAGCGAACUGGAACAAAUGGAUGAGGGGUUGGGCCUUGGUGUUGAUGGACAGGAAGUGGGCGGGGCUUCCACAGACACGCCCCCAAGCAGUCAGCAGCAAGCAGACCAGCACGAUUCCUAGCUUCACGUCAUCUAAACUGUUUAUUUUAUUUAUAGUCCUUGUAGAUACCAUAUACUGACACAAAUGAUUCGUGAAAGGGAAUGGUGCGGUCAGCUAUGCCUUUAUUUUGUUGUUUUCGGGAGUGAGAUCACUGUGAUUGUUGGUGGGCUUUUGUUUCCUGAGCAGGUGAAUGUCCAAAACGUAAAACGUUUGACGCAAAUCCUAAAAGCGAUGGUAAUGAGGUUUUGUUUUUUUUGUUUGUUUUGUUUUUUGACAGAUCCAAAUGGCCUUCAGCCUCAAAUCCAGCCACUCAGAUUUCAAAAGCAGUUUAAAAGAGACUUAGUUUUAAUCAUUUACUGUAUGUAUAUUUUGACAAAGACCACAUGUCUGCGACACAAGAGCCAUAUGGUUUAUCAAUCCCAUGCUGACCGUUGUCAUGAGGUUUAAUGCAUGGGGUCAUGGGAAGAAGUUUUAUUUGCUUGUAGGGCUGGGAGGUUUUGUGUGGAAGGAGAGGAUGAGCAGGAUUUGACUGCCAAUUCUCAGUGAAAAGUUGGUUAUGUUAAAGAUUUCUUUUCAUAAUCAUAGCUUAACUAAUAUAUAUGGGAAGUGGAUGGUUUUAUUUAUUCAAAUUGGUUAGAGUGAAGAAUAGUAAUAGAAUAAAUACAUCUCAAAUAAAUAAUAAAGCUGCAAGAUUUAUAUUCUGGGAGACAGAAGUUAAAAAGUUUAGCACAUUGCAUUGCAAUUGCAAAGCAAAUACUGAAAAUCGUUUUGAGAAAUCAAUAUUGAAUUGUGCCAUUUACUUAUUUUUGAGGAUGUAAUCUGUCAAGUAAUUUUGUCGCACAAAGGAGAUGGUGAAUGCAGUGUUGCACACCUUAGCUAUCGGAAAAGUUCCCCGUUGUUAGUGCUUGACCCCCCCCCCCAUUAUUCCUGUAAAAAAUUAGAAGUUUAACUCAUAUUCAGGCUCAAUAUAUUAUAAUUUGUUGCACUUUUUAACUAUUGUUUGUGUGCACAUUUGCAGGACUUCUUCUGGAUUUUCAUAACCAUGCCAAAUAUAUUGCUGUUCAAGAGUUUGGGGUCAGUAAGAUUUAUUAUUACAAAUUUUUUUUUUUAAAGGAAUGAAUACUUUAUGCAGCAAGAAUUAGAAAAAAUUGAUUAAACGUUUUCUCUUUCAAAUAAAUGCUGUCCUUUUGAACUUUCUAGUUAAAGAAUUGUGAAAAAAAUUAUUACUAUUUCCACAAAAUAUGAAUCAUCACAAACUGUUUUCAACAUUAAAAAUAAUAAUAAAUGCUUCUUGAGCAGCAAAUCUGCAAAUUGGAAUGAUUUCUGAAGGAUCAUGUGACACUAGACUGGAGUAAUGCUGACUUAAAAAAAAAAAAGAAAAGAAAAAUGUUUUAAAAUCCUACAGACUCCAAACUCUUGAACGACAUUUCAUUGUACAAAUUACAUCAAGAGCUCACAGAUUGCCUGAAAUACAAUUUACAUGAUAAACUACAAUUUAACUGUACGAAGUUUGGGUAGAUUUCGUGCAUGAGCUUGACUGAAUUAUUUUCCCUUUUUAAUUGAAAUGAACAUUUAUAAGAGGGGAAUCCCUCUUGAAUCCCAAGUGAAUGAUUGAGUCUUAUUUUUAUGUAUCUUUGCAAGAUGUUCGCAAUAAGUCAUCAAGGUAUUUCUAGAAUUGACAACAUGAAACUCUUAACAGCAUAUUUGGUAUUUUCAAAUAAUUUGAUUAUUCAUUUCUCUUCAUGUCAGUGUCAAAUAUCUCAGUAACUUCUUAUGUGGCACUGAAAGAAUAUAAGAUUUUAUUAUCCAAUAUAUAUAUAUUUUUCAAUUAUUAAAGUGAAAUAUCUUUUAAACUGGAAAUGUGUAUGUAAAAACAAUGUAUAUAUUUAAAGGCCUGCAACAUGGGACGUUUUACAGAUCUGUUGAUUGAUUGGAGGCAGGUUGACAUUCCUUUAAAUUCAAAAGUUAUUCUACACUAUUAUACACUGUGUCCUAACCAGUCAUAAUGUGAAAAAAAAAUCCAUUUUAAUUAGAAUUUUGUUCUAGCCCCACCCACUGUAAAAUCUGAUUGGUCUAAAAUCCUACGCCACAUAGUUGCAAAUAUGUUCUGCGUUGCUGUGAUUGUGUUUUUAAUUUCAAUGUAGAAAAACAAACUGUUUGUCAUAUCUCAGUUGUUUGGUUAGGACUCAGAGUUUUUGCUUUGCGUAUUUUGCCCCUUCUCCUGUAGAUACCCACAAACUGACACAUCUGAUCCAGACUGCAGAGAUUUGUGUUUUCAGAUAUUUACAGAGAGGUUAUCUUUGUGUAAUAGUGAUUGUGUUUUGCUCAUGCUGUUACUGCUUUAUGAUCUAUAAAAAAGCACUUAGAGCAUUUAACUACAAAAUGUAUUGUUGAAUGUCAUUUUGUUACUCUGACUUGCACCUCCAUGUAUCUCUAAUAUACACCCAUAAGCUGGUUUUCAACUUCAAAUGCUUUGUGUUCAUUUAAACAGGGAUUGUUUUCACUGAAUUGAACUGAUUUGUAAAUUGUGAACUAUAGGGGGAUUAGACACACCUCCGUGAAGUUGGCACCCCAUAAAAAGAAAUAAUCACCUGGUUUAAAGGAAUAGUUCACCCUCAGACCAUCCAAAAUGUAGAUGAGUUUGUUUCAGAACAGAUCUGGGGAAUUUACAUAAUUUGCUCACCAUUGGAUCCUCAGCAGUGAAUGGGUGCCGUCAGAAUGAGAGUCCAAACAGCUGACAAAAACAUCACAAUAAUUCACACAUCUAAUAAAGUCCAUCAGUUAACGCCCACUGAAGUGAAAAGCA